AUGCUUCGUCGUCUUGGCGCGCAUCAAACGGCGAUCUAUCGAUGCGAAUCCCCGUCACAGUCGCUCACCUCACUGGCCUCCGAAUGCACAUUGCCCAUUUCGAUGACUCCCGUUUCGGAAAUUGAUCCCGACUUUCAUCCCGACAACUUUACGCCAACUCCAAUCCCACCCGCAUCACUGCCCGAAGAAAGGAUCGUCGAUCGAAAAGAGCUCACAACAAAUCUCACAAAUGUUGCCAAUAAGUUGAGCGCAAUUGUUUCGCUGAUGAGCGAUUUCUCGAUGGACGCGUCGAAGCUGAGGGAAAGUGCCGAGGAUUUGUUGGAGGAAUUGACGACUCAAAUCUGUCCCUCGUUGAUUGCGCUCGAUUUGCAAAUGAUCGCCUCGGAGGCUUUGUUGAAGUACAAUCUCGAUCGAGCGAAUAUCCAGGAGAAUCGUAUCAAUUGGUUGUUGAUUUUGAAUCGAUAUCAAAAAGAGAUGCGUCGAAUUCUCGCUGAGUUGAGCGGUCCAGUUUACAGGGAAUUCGAGUCGAGUCUCGAGUUAAGAUUUAGAGGAGUGAUCGGCAGACGACCAUCGAUUGAAACAAUGGAGAACCUGCAUGGAAUGCGUGAUGGAAUGAAAAGAGCUUUGCAGUUGUUAGUCAAAGAAACAGAGCUU